AUGAGAAAGAAACAGCAUUUUCCGAAAUUAUACGGUAACACUACACCUAAGACGACGACAGUGUCGGCUCCUUUAACGCCUUCUUGUACGAAUUCCCAAAUACACGACACUCACAUACUUACAGAAACGCAGACAUCAGAUGAAUUUCCACUGACAUCGGAUCAAUUACUAUCAAGGAGUGUGGAUUAUACAAUAACAGAUUCUAUCUCAGUACAAGAAAUGAAGGAAACUAUAGAACAACUUCGGACAGAACUCAUUAGUUCACAAAAUGAAUUGGAUAAUACAUUAAUGGAAAAUAGUGACCUACGCAAACAAAUUACUAAGUUAAAUAAAGAAAAUAGUAUGCUAAAAACAUUAUGCCAGUCCCCGUUACAUGAUAGUCGUAUAAAUCGCAGCUCUAAAAAGGAAAGUAGAUAUACCAUGCAAAGUUCACUUACACCUACCCGAUUAUCUACUUCGGAUAAAAUUAAAAUUAAACUUGACUACAGUAAUACUAUCACGACUUUACAUCAGAGAAUUGCAGAAUUACAGCAGCAAUUAAAAGAAUCCCAGACAGAAAUAAUGAAACUCAUGAAACAAACCCAGGCCUGGGAAGAAGAGCUUCCCUCAACAAGAUCUAUGGCCUUAACAACACCUAAUUUUAAUGAUAAAAUGUAUUCCAAGGAUACCGAAAAGCAAGCUUGUGAUAACAGGAUAUUGAUCUUUGGAACUCAACAAUGUGUUGGUUUAGCCGCUGCAUUGAUACGGUCAUGA